AUGGAUUCCGUCCUCGCCCCUUCUUCCACGUCGUCUUUCUCUUCUCCAUUGAACAAUAAUAAUAAUCAUCAUCAUCAUCAUAAUAAGAAUUUUUACAAAAGUAAUAUUAAUAAUAGUAAGAAUAAAUCGCGCUUCUCGGUGCCAUCGAGUUCUGGAAUCUGUAAUUUGAGAAAGUUUAGUACGGUCAGUUUUGGCUACGGAUACCGUUACGGUUGCGGUUGUCGUUUGAGGAGGAGUUCCGGCUGUUCGAAGAUCCACGAUUCGACGCGUGGCGUGAUGGCUUCUUCUGCUUCGCCUGAGAAUUCAAAGCCUAAGGUCGUGACCGGUCCUGGUGGUUAUGUCCUUGAAGAUGUUCCUCACUUGUCAGAUUACAUUGCCGAUCUUCCUACUUAUCCCAAUCCGUUGCAAGACAAUCCGGCAUACUCAGUUGUUAAGCAAUACUUUGUCCAUGUAGAUGAUUCCGUUCCUCAAAAGAUUGUUGUUCACAAGGACAGUCCAAGAGGAGUACAUUUCCGACGAGCUGGACCACGUCAAAAGGUGUAUUUUGACUCGGAUGAAGUUCAUGCCUGUAUUGUGACGUGUGGUGGUCUAUGCCCUGGACUCAAUACUGUGAUUAGAGAGAUAGUAUGCGGUUUACACCAUAUGUAUGGCGUGAAGAAAGUUUUGGGGAUAGAUGGAGGAUACAGGGGAUUUUAUGCUAAAAAUACCAUACAAUUAAAUCCCAAGGUUGUCAAUGAUAUCCAUAAACGUGGUGGAACAAUCCUUGGGACAUCACGAGGUGGGCAUGAUACCUCAAAAAUUGUUGACAGCAUUCAGGAUCGCGGAAUUAAUCAGGUGUACAUUAUUGGAGGAGAUGGAACUCAGAGAGGUGCAUCUGUGAUAUUUGAGGAAAUUAGAAGGCGUGGUCUCAAAGUUUCAGUUGCUGGAAUCCCCAAAACCAUUGACAAUGACAUUCCGGUUAUUGACAAGUCCUUUGGCUUUGACACUGCUGUCGAGGAGGCUCAACGUGCCAUUAAUGCUGCUCAUGUUGAAUCUGAAAGUAUUGAGAAUGGUAUUGGUCUUGUGAAGUUGAUGGGUCGCUACAGUGGUUUUAUUGCAAUGUAUGCUACUCUUGCAAGUCGAGAUGUGGAUUGUUGCUUGAUUCCAGAGUCACCCUUUUAUCUUGAAGGACCUGGUGGACUUUUUGAAUACAUUGAAAGACGACUUAAAGAAAAUGGGCAUAUGGUUAUUGUGAUAGCCGAGGGUGCAGGACAGGAGCUACUUUCUGAGAGUAUGCAAUCAAUGACUCAGAAAGAUGCUUCAGGGAACAAGCUUCUCCUGGAUGUUGGGCUAUGGAUAUCACAGAGGAUCAAGGACUACUUUUUAAAACAAAGGAAGAUGCCCAUAAACCUCAAAUAUAUAGAUCCUACUUAUAUGAUUCGUGCUAUUCCAAGCAAUGCAUCUGACAAUGUUUACUGCACACUUCUUGCCCAAAGUGCUGUGCAUGGAGCGAUGGCAGGGUACACUGGCUUUACAAGUGGUCUUGUUAAUGGCAGGCAGACAUACAUUCCCUUCAAUCGAGUUAUUGAGAAACAAAACAAGGUUGUGAUUACAGAUAGGAUGUGGGCAAGGCUUCUAUCUUCAACAAAUCAACCUAGCUUUUGGAGUGCUAAAGAUGUCAUUGAAGACAAAGUUGACGGAGAAGAAUCAAACCAAUUGUUGGAUAAUGGAAAUUGUAGCGAAGAGAGUUUGGUUUGCAAGGAGAUAACCAAUUGAAGUCAGUAGUAUACCACCGCUACUGCUUUAGCCCGGAGUUAAAGAUAGCCGGCUGCCUAGUGUUCUUCCAUAAGCCCUGAAUUAUUCUGUUAUAUGUAAUUUUCAGCGGUUUGAUUUUUUUUUCACUUGCUGAAGCUUAAGAGCAAAACUUAUAUGGGUCUAUCCCUCAUUAUCUGCUGCAAUAGUGUCCAUUUCUGAUGACAAUGUUCAAUGGAAGUAAUAAUAUCUAGCGUGCUUAUCUCAAGGCAGUUGUGAUUCUA